CCGCCUCCCCCGCUCCCCCCCCGGCCCGGUCUCCGCUGCCGCGCUCAGUCCGCCGGCGCCGAUGCUGCUGAGCGGAGCGGCGGCCGGCUCGGAGCGCGGCGGCGGGGCCGGGGCCGGGGCUGAGGCCGGGGCGGGCGGCGGAGCUCCGCAGUGCGUGGGCACCAUGGCCCGCUGGCUCCGCGAGCACCUCGGCUUCCGCAGCGCCAAGCCUGCGCCGCCCGCGCCGCCCAAACCCGACUACCGCGCCGGGCCGCCGCAGCCGCCCCCACCGCCGGGAGGCGCCGCCGAGCCGCUGGCCUCGGCCCAGCCCGACAUCGUGGCCGCGUACCGCCUGCAGAAGGAGCGCGACUUCGAGGACCCGUACAGCGGGGUGCCGCCUCCCGCCGCCCCCGACGGGCCCCGCUACGUCUCGCCCAAGCACCGGCUCAUCAAGGUGGAGGCGGCCGAGAAGCCGCCCGCCUGUCCCGCGCCGUCCCCCGCCGCCCCCGGCUCGCCCCCCGCCGGCCCCGAGCCGCCCGACGAGCCGCCGCAGGAGCUGGCUGUCCUGGAGGACUAUGCAGACCCCUUUGAUGCUGCGCAGGUGGCUGGUAGCCAGGCAGGGAUGGAGAAGGUGACAGAGAACGAUGGAUAUAUGGAACCGUACGAAGCCCAGAAGAUGAUGGCUGAGAUCCGCCAGAAAGGCUUACGGGAGGCUCCAACCCGGCCACUUCACCUCUACGACACUCCUUAUGAGCCCAUCUCUGGAGGGCUGGAUGUGGACACUGACCGCCCUGCCUGCCCCAGGCCUAGGGAAUCUCGAUUGCCUGAGGAUGAUGAGCGGCCGCCGGAGGAGUACGACCAGCCCUGGGAGUGGAAGAAGGAGAGGAUCUCCAAAGCUUUUGCAGUUGAAAUCAAGGUCAUUAAAGACCUGCCGUGGCCGCCACCGGUGGGACAGCUCGACAGUGGUGAAACCCCCCCGGACAGUGAGGCCAAUGCCUCCGUCCCCCCGCAGCACGGCCCGCAGAGCUACGAAGAUGCCAACGGGCCAUCAGAGGGGCUGGGCUAUGGCCGCACCUCACCCUGCAGGGAGGAGAAGGCUAGGGCUGCCCUCAGACAUGGUACCAGCAGCCUCAAGAGCACCAAGGCAUUGAGCACGGAGCCUGGUCCCUUCCUUGGGGAGAGGAUUGACCCCGCGCUGCCCCUGGAGAGCCAGUGCUGGUAUCAUGGGGCCAUCAGCCGGACGGACGCAGAGACGCUGCUGAGGCUCUGCAAGGAGGCCAGCUACUUGGUGCGCAACAGCGAGACCAGCAAGAACGACUUCUCCCUCUCCUUGAAGAGCAGCCAGGGCUUCAUGCACAUGAAACUAUCCCGGACCCAGGAGAACAAGUACGUGCUGGGUCAGCACAGCCCGCCCUUUGACAGCGUGCCAGAGAUCAUUCAUCACUACGCCAGCCGCAAGCUGCCCAUCAAGGGGGCUGAGCACAUGUCCUUGCUUUACCCAGUGGCUAUCCGCACUCUAUAGCUGUCACCACGCACGAGCCGAGCUCGAAGCUGUGUGGACCUGAAGGUGGCCUGUCUGCAGGGCCGAAAGCUGCUGUAGUGGAUGGGCACCAGAGCAGCGAGCUGGGCACAGAUGGUGUUACUGGGGACUUUGGCAGCUAGACCCCUCGUCAUGCUCUCACCUGGGGUUCCUGUGUGCCAGUGUGCCUGCUGGGAUGGUGGCAGGGAGAAGGAGCUGAGUGGGAGCAUCCAUGUGCUGCCCUCCCCCUCUUGGGAAGCAAGGACUGGAACUGGGGCCCCGGAGAGGACAUGAGGGGAGCAAGGUGCAGUAAAGGGGGGAAGAAGUAUCCUGGGAUGUCUCCUGAGGGCACCUGGCUCUGCCCACGUCCUGCGUGACAGAGAGGAUGCCCUGUGCCUGCUGGUGAGGAGGCUGGUGCUGUCACAGUGAGGCACAGAGGGGGAGGCUGCUGGGGCUCCCACCCGUGUGGGUGCUUGGUGCUCCUUGCCUUCAUUUGCCAAAUGUACAUAGUAACUGGUCAGAGCCGCGCAUGCAGCACCACUGCCUAAUAAAGCGAUGGAUGCACGGUCACCUGCUCUGCAGGGACUCUGUACCCUCAACCCAAAAGCUGGGUGGGGAGCUGGCAUGACAAACCUCUGCUAAACAGCAGGGAGGGGAUUUUACUAAGCAAAAUUGCUUCAUUUUUCAUUCUCAUGUACAGAGAACUGAGUAGUUCAGCACAGCCAUCAGUGACACGGGACAAAAGACAGCUUUCGUGUCCUGAGUGUGUCUUUGAGACCCUUUGUGGGCGGUAGUAAGCUGGGUUUGCCUGUUAUGCUGGGCUGAGGGAGAUGCUCUUGAGGCUCCUUGGCUUGUUUUGCUUUACCUCUUGUAAACCUUAGGCAAAAUCCCUGAAUUUCCCAGGUUUGUCCUCUUCCCUGGAUGUGUAGUGGCUCUAGCCCUGUUUGUCUUCCAGACACCCUGUCUCUGGGGCAGGUUGUUUCUCUUCUUCCUAUGUCUGAAGUUACAUGCUCCCAGGACAAAGCUGAUCCUGUUGCUUUGCUGGGAGGGUGGAGAUGGUCCGUGGGACCAUGAGGACUUUGUACAGGCUCUGACAUUUUCUACACUCAAUCCAUAGCUGAGGAAUUGCUGCUUCAAUGGCCUAUCAUGGCUUUGAGCUUCUGUGGGGGCACAGGCUGCGUGCUGCAUGAGGCCUGCAGAAGCCAUGGUACUUUGUUCCCCGAUGUUCAGCCUCCACCACUUCUUAAAAGGCUGUGGUUUGAGUUUGUCUCGGGCACUCAGUGUCUCCUUACAGCAGUGUUCAGCUGCUGGCAGCCCUGGCUGCCUCUCCCCAGCCCAACGAGGCACCUUGUCCAGUGGGGAUGGAGCCACUCUGGCUGGAGGGUUUUUCUCCUGGAACUGCUUCUCUGUGUACCAGAGCAUGCAAAAAGGGUUGGAGAUGCUGGAAUGCAUCUGCAGAGAUGCUCUUAGGUGCCCUAGCUGCAUUGAAAAUGCUUUAACAGGCUCUUGCUUUGUAUUGCUACUGCCUUCCUAGUGACUGGCAAGUAAAGCAGAGGCUACUUGAAUCCAUGCAACCAGGGAAGAAAAGCACAGGAGAGCUUCACCAUGUAUUCUGAGUUGUUUUUCUCCCUUGAGAAAUGGUGGCAAAGAACAAAGUGGCUGGCAGCUGCCUGCACCAGCGAGUUUGUGUCCUGUCAGUGAAAUCCCACCUAUGCAGCCUGGCUGCAUAUUAGGUGUCCCUGCCAAACAGAGAGCAGCUGGGUCAGGCUUAAAAAUCGGGACAAGGUGUGACUAGGCUGGUGUUCGAUGGACACUCACAGGCAUGUAGCUUCUGGCCCUCCCCUCCUCUCAUUUGCCCUGGGGAUUUUUGGCUCUUGCUUCAAAAGCCUGAUUGUGGUGGAGGAUUUUGCCUGCGUUGUUUGGCCUGAUGGCCUGCAGGAAGAUGCUCAGGAUGGAGCGAUGCUCAGCUUCCCCAAGCCAGCCUGGUCAGGGUUUGGACCUGAGCUUCUCAAAUCAAGCAGAUCCAUGCAGGUCGUGCACAUCUGGGGUCUCGUUUAGGGAUUCCCACAGAAAGUAUAUUGCUCUGAGCAGGGCUCUGGCUCUGGAAUACUGUUGCAUCCUCUCUUUGUGAUCCUCAGGCACUUCUCAGAAAAUGUAGAUGGAUUGAAUCUUCCAACAGGACUUAGCCCUGUUUUUGCUCUCCUGUGAGUGAAAUGAGUUUUGUUGGGAAAUAACAGAAGGGCAGAUGUGUAACAGGGAUAGUGUAGUGACAGGGGAUCCCCAUUCAUGAGUGAGCUCAACUCUAGGAUGGACAAAGACCCGAGCAGCCUGAUGUGGCUUUGAGAUUAACCCCACUGAGGGCGUGAAGGUGGUCGGUCAAGAGACCUUUCUUUGUAGCAGUUCCCAAUCCACUUGUUGUCCCAGCAAUCCCCAACACCCCGCAGCUGCCUCUGUUCUCCAUCCUUCCUCCCUGUUAGUGAAACAGCUCUGCCAUUCAUUGCCUGAUCUCUAGUUCCUUGCUAAGCCCUCCAUAAUUUCCAAACUGCUUUAGCAUGCUGUAGGCCGUGAUAAUGAAGGAAAGAAGUUUGUUUCGUAAUUGGAUUAGUGCUGCUGGGAGCGUGAUCUUGCACAGAGGUCAGGUUGGAGCUGCACAGCCCUGGAGCCCCACACUGCUCUGCCUGGUUGUGGGCCAGCUUGGGUCUGUGCUUGCUCCUGCAAAGGCCUUUGCUGGCCAAAAGACACAGCGUUGCAGGAGGAAGGCAUCCCAGAGCUGUGAAGGGUUGAUUCAGGGCUGAAUUUGAACCUGCCUUCCUUGGAAAUGGGAAUGUUUGCUGAAACUCUGUUAGCAUCCGCAGUAUCCCUUGCCUGCUAGGAAUGAAGCGGUUUGGUUAGGGUCAGGCUUGACGUGAGCUUCAUCACCUUUCCCAGCACGAGCCCUCAGGGCUCCUGAACACCAAUAGCUGAUCCUUGUGGGUUUGGGUAAAACCCAUGUAGGCAGUUGUCCAUCAUCGAUGCCCCCCCUCCCUGCCUCUCUGGCCUGCAGAAGUGCUGUUAAACCUAAGCCUGGUGAUUAGAUUAAACCCCAGCCCUAUCAGUGAUGCCUGAGUUGCUUGGAUGUUUCUGAGAACAGUGCCCUGUGUCCUGUCUCCAGCCACGGCAAUCUCCAGUGCUGCAGGAGAAGGAUCAAACAAAACCUCAGCUGACAAAGUUUAUAGCAGAGUGGAGAAAUUUGUUCCCGACCCCUGCAGGCUACCAGCAAAACGUGCAGCGUAGCACGUGUUGUGCACACAUGGCACACAUAUGGUGCGGCUGAAUGCCUCCUUUCAAAUCUCGUGGAGACCAGCAUGUUUGACGCAAGGGGCAGCUUCAGCUCCUGACUCAGAGACCACCCUUGCUCAGUUCCUUUGGUGUACUUCCCCAGCAUCAUCUCAAAGCAGUUUCUUGUUCCUGCUGCCCUCUUUGGAAACUGUCCCAAAACAUCUGUGCUCAUAUGCUUCCACCUAAUUUUCAGUCUACACUUGUGAUGAGUUCUGUCCUUUACACAGUUUUGGGGAGGGCUGUCUUUAAAGCAGCAUGCUUGGGCAGAUCUUGUGGGUGAGAUCUUCCCAGUGCCUUGCUACUGGUGCAGCUCUGUCCUUCUUGAAAACUUAGCCUCGCUCUUAUCCCUGAACUGUUUGCUGUUGGUAUUCAUGGGGUCACUCCAAUACUAGGGGUGGAGACAAAAUCCUAGAAAUACCUCUUCACUCAGAGACACCCUUGUUAAUACAAACCAUCAUUUACUUGAUUAGCUGGUUCCUCCACUGUAACCAUACCCACCACUCCCGUCAUUGGAAACUGGUUCCUGUUUCUCCAACCAGCCUAAAUGUGCUGCAUAAUCUUGUCUAAGAAGUUACUUAUGAGAGAAGAUCAUUAAAUUAAACUGACAGAAUGUAUCUGUGAUAAAUCGUUUCCAUUUGCCUUCCUAUCUUGAAGCUGGAUUUCCUUCAAAACCUGCUCAGAGCCUCAGAAGUCUGUAUGUUUGAAUCUCUUUCCUUUUCUGGGGGGCGUGUCAGCUGAAUUUGCUUGCUGUUUAAGCUCUUUUCAUGUUACCCUAAAUCUGGUCCUUUUUUCACAGUGAUAUGACCGUGCUCCUUUCCUCCUUUAUCUCAUGCAGUAUCUCCCCGUUGACCCCCAUCUCAUGCAUUGGCAGCGUGUCCUCACCUGGUGCUUGGGGCACUGUCCCUCACGCCCUGCUCAGCCUGGUGACCCGUGCAGCUACGAGCCUUUCAUUUCCAGGAUAAAAGUAUGCAUGCUGAAUUUUUCUCCAUUAAAUGGCAGUGCACAGCAAGCCCUGCUUUGUGCCGGCGUGGGACCAGCAGCUCUCUGCACAUGCACGUCCUCUCUCGCUGUUUGUGUUCGGGGUAGGCUUGCUGU